AUGGCGGCAAGUGCGCCGCUUUAUCAAGACAAGUUCGUGCAGAUCUUCGCUGAUCACAUCUCCAUCAAGUCCUACUACUUCCCAUUUUGCCGCGGGAGGACGAUCAAUAUCGGCGAUGCGCCGGUUUCUUGGACCACCGACAAGGAACUGGGCCUGGGGAUGGUCGACAGGAAAGGCUGGGGAAUGGGACUGAACAACAUUUGGUGGGCUCCAGACAGAGUACGUGAGUGGCCUAUGGGUCCCCGGCAUCUGUGCAUUGUGAUCACUGUGGAAGGAGACACUUUCCGCAAAGGUUUCAGCGUCGAGGAUGAUGAAGCUGCCUUGAGAGCCCUGGAGUCAGUUUUGCCAAGAAAGAGGCAGUGA